AUGCGUGUUGUUUAUCUGUGUCAACCGCUUCUACGCCAUGCGCCUCGUCCGCCGUCAACCCUCUCCCUGUUCCUCGUGGUCAACUGUGUCAAGGUGGAACGAUACUACCAACGCGCCCUCGAAAUUUACAUAAGUGCUCUGGGGAUAAAUGAUCCCAAUGUCCUCAAGACAAAGAACAAUUUGGCAUCAGCCUACCUCAAACAGGCCAAAUACGAAGAGGCCGAGGCCCUUUACAAGGAAGUUCUCACUCGAGCCCACGAAGCCGAGUUUGGCAAAAUAUCUGAGUCCAAC